AUAUUCGGUUUUGAAAUAACCGACAAGGACGGUGACGCUGUCCGUGUCACGGCGUUCAAUGAUGUUGUUGUGAAGAUGUGCAGCUUUGUUAAGACCGAUUGUUUUUACUAUAUUUCCGAUGCUUUUGUGAAGAGAGCCAAUAAGCGUUUCAAUAGCACAGGCCAUGACUACGAAUUGACCAUGACGGCUAAUACAGAGAUUGCUUAUUGUUAUGUGCAAAUGGCGAGGCCUUGUGCUAAAAGUUUGUCCGUCAUCAACGUCCCAAGUCACAAAAAUGAAAACAUCGAUGUGUUUGCUGUAGUUGAUCAUUUGGAUUCGUUUAAGAAAAUCAAGCAAAGUUUUGCCGAAGAUACUCUCGGACAAACCAUAUAUAUCAAGGGUGCUUUAGUCAAAGAAUGGAAUGGUAAACUAUUCAGUUUGGCAACUACUUCAGCGUCGAAAAUCGAUUUCAAUCCAGAGAUAGACGGAGUUCCCGGACUGGUCCAUUGGUACGUAAAUAUGCGUGCUGAAGCUGACGUCAAGACUGUAAGUGUAGCUGGGCAAAGAGGGAUACACAAUUUUAGUGAGUGA